CAGGCUGGAGGUGGGCAGGGGACACUCAUGGGGAAGCAGGGACACCCUGCUUGGGCCAGGGGGAGAAAUGGGGGUGGCCAGGAACUAGGUACUGGCCACGGAUAUGGAUUUGAGAAAAGUCUUGAACAUUUCUGGUGCAUUGGAGGUAGACUGGGUGGGAACAUGGACUGUGUAGUGGAAUGACCCUCCAGUUUCUGGCAGAUGUAACUGAGUGAACCAAGGUGUCCUGCUGAGAUGGGAACAUACAGGUAGGGAGGGGCUGGAGGAAGCCCCAGUGCUCCAGGGUUUUCCUUCAGAGACCAUAACAUCCAUCUUUCCUAGAGCACACUGCAGCCUGGCAGGGAGGGGACUGAAUGGUGUAUCCAGGCCAUGCAUACUUGUAAAAUACUAACAAGCCACAGGGUGCUGCCCAUUCAGCUUGGGCAGGGCCAGAGUCCUGGAACUGGUCCUGGAAGCUCCUGAUGCCCAGUAGUAACCUCUCUGUUGCCACACCUAUGUGGUCUCCGGGUGAAGAAAAGCAAAGCAGCUACACCAGGGGCUUUUCAAAGACUCUUGCCUGAUGGUAUUCACCAACUGUCAUGAGUAGUCUCAGUAGUGAACAGCCAUGCAUAGGGCUAGGUAUUAGUCUUGGCUGUGCCAUACACACUCUCUGCUUAUGGUUUAGAAGUUAGCCAAGCUGGAGAGUAGCAGUUGUUCAUCAAACUAUUGCUGAGUCUGUCCCUCUGUGUGACUCCCUGCAGGGUGGGUCAGUGGACCUGUACCUGCCCUGUUUCUGUGGCUCUGAUCACGUUGCUUCCUUACUGAUAACUGGGGUGCACCAUCCAGAGGGCAGGGCAGAGUCUGCUGGGAUUGUUUUUUGUAAGCUUUCACUUUCAAAUGGUGCAGGAGUCAGAGAAGGGUGGAUUCUCCUGUUUGGGAGUGCUUAGUGGGGGCCCAGGACCCUGUUUUGGCUCAGACUCCUGCAACCUGUUCAGGUUCUGCUUCCCCACUCAUCUGGGAACCACCUGCCUCUCAGGCAAGAAGACCCUAUGGCACCCAACGUUGGAAUUGAAAGCAGGGUUUGGGGCUCAGAGCAGCUAACUGCAAGUGCAAUCUCUGAGAGCAGAUUUGGGGUCUGCUGAGAUCUCACACUACUGAGUUAGAGACAUUCCAGAAGUCUCAGCUUUCUAAGCAGGUGUUCUCCUGCCUCCUGCCGUGUGUCUCCCCAGCCCUGAGGAAAUGGAGGAUUGCCGCAGAGGCUCUUUGCUCUCCCGUCUCACCUCCCUGCUUCUCUUCUUCCAGUUGCCUGCUGGGGGGUCUGCAGAGGAGUUUGUGGUGAUUGGCCCCUCGGACCCCAUUGUGGCAGUGCUGGGUGGGAACGUCACGCUGCCCUGUCAUGUGUCCCCAGCCAUGGAUGUGGAUAACAUGGAGCUGCGGUGGUUCCGCUCCAAGUUCUCAGAGGCAGUGUUCAUCUAUGAAAACCAGCAGGAACAGAAAGAAGAGCAGCUGGCUCAGUACACAGGGCGGACCUCGCUGGUGAAGGACUUCCUCAGCCAGGGGGAGGCCACUGUGCGUAUCCACAAGGUCCAGGCUUCCGACAAUGGGCUGUAUACCUGCUUCUUCAGAAAGGGAAGUUUCUAUGAAAAGGCCAGUUUGGAGCUGAAGGUGGCAGGUGUGGGCUCUGUCCCUCAAGUGCACAUCACAGGGCCAGAGGAGGACGGGGUCCGAGUGGUGUGCACGGCCUCGGGAUGGUUCCCAAAGCCCCAGAUACAGUGGAGAGCUGCUAAUGGGGAAAAGUUCCUGACAUUCUCUGAGACCCAUGCCCAAGACACUGAAGGGCUGUUCAGCGUGGAGUCUGCUCUGGUGGUGAGGGACAGCUCUUCAGGGAACAUGACCUGCUCAGUCCUCAACCCCGUCCUGGACCAGAAGAAGGCGAUGGCCAUUUUCAUCCCAGAGCCCUUCUUCCCCCAGGCCUCUCCCUGGAAGCCAGCUUUCAUAGUGAGCCUCGUGGUGCUGAUGCUCUCACUCCUUGGGGCUGCCUAUUACAUCAAGACAGAACAUACUGUAAAGAGGCAGGAGAUGCAGGAAUGGGAGAGACUGCACAGGGACAAGGAGGAGGCCCGGCAGACAAAGGAGGAGGCGUUGAAGGCCAGAGAUGAACUCCAAGAAGAUCUUGGCAGGAGGAAAUCUAUUUACCUGGGUGGCUGGAGGAAGGCGCAGUUGUAUGCAGAUUGGCGGAAGGAGAAGUUCCAGGCCUUGUCUGUCACUCUGGAUCCAGCGUCUGCACAUCCGCACCUUGCUGUCUCUGGUGGACAGACUAGUGUGACCUUGGAGGACACAACUGAGGACCCCGGAAGAUCCUGUAGCAUCUUGGGCCAGGAGGCCAUCACAUCAGGGCGCUGCUACUGGGAGGUGGAGAUCAAGAAUGGAAACAGAAGCGAGUGGGGUCUGGGGGUCUGUAGGGGAGAUGUGGUGAGGAAAGGCUGGUACAGAGAGUUGCCAGAAGUGGGGUUCUGGGUUCUGGGGUGGUACGGAGGUAAAUUAUAUGCCCUUAUCCUCCCUGAGAGUCAGGAAAUCUGUGAUGAAGUUCCCCACAGGGUGGGUGUUUUCUUAGACCUCAAAGAAGGGGAUGUCUCCUUCUAUAACAUGACUGAUGGAUCUCACCUUUUCUCCUUCCCUCUAACUUCCUCCACUGGGACUCUGUUUCCAUACUUCAUGAUUCAGUCAGGAGAUGUGUCCCUGACCAUCUGCUCUGUGGUGGAUGUGCCUACAGAGACCCCUGUGCCCCUUAAGAAUCCUUCUUCUUCUUUGGAGGAACCUGUAAGCCUCUCAGGGGAUGGGUUCAGCUCAGGCUCUGCUGUUGAUGGUGCUCUCCCAGGGGCCGACUCUCCAUUACUCCCCUAUGGCCCUGAGGCUAUGUGACCAUAGGACCCCUACACUGUCCCAGACUCCUUAUGGUGGCUCUUUCUGGAGCUUCACAUUCCUUGAGACAAAAGCCUCUGAGGUCAGUCCUGGAUGACCUGGUGUCUUGCACUCUUGCUCUGGAUGCAGUCUCCUGGGGUAUGGCUAUGAAAACACUCAGUUCAUGCCUUAUGCUAAGGCAAUAGAAGAUAAUAGUUGACUGAGCUGGUUUAGGGUAGGCUGACUUUAACUAUUAGAAGUAGUGCUUCUUUUGGUAAUGAAAAUUAUUUCAUACAGUCUUUAUUCUGCUUGGAUAUGAAGGAGAUGAGGGCUGAAUGACUCUGCAGAAUUAAAUGGUGUAUAUUUUAUCCAACUUGAGUUGUGCAGAUGAACGCAGAGGCUAUGAGUAGGUCACCAGUUCUAUUUUGGGAAAUGUGCACUCUGACCAGAGACAUUGGCCAUCCAAAAAUUUCUGGAGAAAUGAAUGGCUGAUUGAUGUUCAAGAGGAAAGCAGUCUAAUAUUCUACUGUAUAUACCUCCUAUUCUGGAAUGGUGGAAGCACACUUAUCUUACCAACCUUAGGAAAUAUCUGUUAUUCGUGAAAUACCAGUGCUGUGUUAAUUCAGGAAUUAAGAAGAAGGGUCUGGUUCUUCCUGUGUGUCAACUCCAGUUGGAAAGAAGAGAACUUCUACCAGAAUAAAGAUAUGAAUGAGGAAGA